AUGGAACUCAACGCCCCGCCCAUCAAGUCUAAGGACGGCGGUUAUUUUCAAUGCGGCUUCUGCAAGCGUCACUAUAAUCGCGCUGACCAUUUGAUCCGCCAUGUCCGAUCCCACACUCGCGAAAAGCCCUAUGUCUGCGAUGUCUGCGACAAGGGUUUCGCCCGCCCUGACCUCCUCAAGCGCCAUGCGACCGGCCAUGCCAAUGACCGCGACCGCAAGCGCAAGAGAACCUCCUCCAUCGCCAAGCAGAGCCGCGUGUCCCAGGCCUGCAAGACCUGCGCCGCCUCCAAGCUGAAAUGCGACGAGGAGAAGCCCUGUCGGCGUUGUCGCGAGCGGAACCUGCAGUGCGAUUGGCAAGACGUCGUGCAAGACUCUUCACCCGAACCAUUGCAGCAGCCCGCAGAACAUUCCAAUCCGCUCGCCCCGUCUGUCGACCUGUCGGCCUCAGUGGCGUUCUCGCCCAUGCCGACCCCUAUGGACGAAUUCCCGUCCACCACCAGCAUCCUCAUGACACCCCAGGGUCCCCCGCCUGAUCCGAUUCUCUCACCGGAGCUCCCGACACGCCCUGAGCCGCUGCCGAUGGAAUACAGUGGGCACACGCCGCAGUAUCAGUCGCUGUACCAGGCAAAUGGCUCCAACAGUACCGCCGUCUCACCUACGGACCAAGAGAGCGGCAUCUUCAGCGUCGACGGCCAAUUCUUCCCCAAUUUCAUUCCAGACUCCUUGAUCUCCUCGCUGAGUCGAUACAAUGAUCCGUUCGACCCCUCUAGCUUGAUCCCCGAGUUCACCCACUAUGGCGCACUGGAGAGCCCACCGUUUGACUUUAAUUUGACCGACGGAGACUUUGGACUUAUCGAUAUGUACAAUUCUCGCAGUCUGGCCCCAGGAGCCCAUGAAAAUGACCAUCAAGAUCGCUUCGACGCCGACAGCGGAAUUGGCAUCGGUGCAGAGGCCUACCAUCGGUCUUCCCUGUCUGCGUGGAAACCCAUGCAGGAGGACAGGGCCGGGGCGGACCACGAGAAUCUGUCGGUCCCACAGACUAUCGAUAGCCCCGAGAUGAGUGCCAUACCCGAUCGACAGAUCCUAUGUGAGCGGCUAUCCUCCAGCAGCCGGGACCUGAUCUUCGGCCUGGUCCUGGAGAUCAGCCGUGAAGCCAACCUGACUCGGAUCAUGAAGUCCUUUCCCAGCACGGAGCUGCUCGAUGGUCUGAUUCAGCGAUUUUUUGAAAUCCAGAUCAACAGCGUAGACUCCUUCAUUCAUGCCCCGACCUUCCGACCGAAUAACGAACACGCUAGUAUUCUCGCAGCGAUGGCCGCGGCCGGGGCAGUGCGGUCACCCAUUCCGACCAUCAGGAAACUGGGGUUUGCACUCCUCGAAAUUGUGCGACUGUAUAUGCCUAUUAAAUACGAGAGCGACAAUAGCACCACCCGCGACCUGCGCACGUCGCAAACAUACGCCCUCAACAUCGACAUUGGGAUUUGGAGUGGCAAUCGACGCAAGACUGAAAUCGCUGAGAGUUUCUCGCAACCUCUCAUAACGAUGCUGCGACGGGCCCUGCGAUUCCGCCGAUCUGUUUACCCGACCAUCGUCCUGAUGGCGGAAGAUGUAGGAGAUGCGCUGGAGCGCAAGUGGUAUGACUGGAUUGAGCAGGAGUCUUUCAAGAGGCUUGUCUAUCAUGUUUUCCUUCACGACGCCCAGUCUGCGGUGACCUUGAACGUCAAUCCUUUGAUAUCCUACGCUGAUUUGGAACUCCCACUGCCCGCGGCCCGCCAUCUGUGGGAAGCCAAGUCCGCCGUUGAAUGGAAGGAGCUCUACCACGCAAUCACUCCCGAGCGUGUUCCCUCCCUGGCCGAUCUACUCCGCGACAUGUCCCAACUGUCACUCGCGCAGGACCGAAUUGGCACGCAAAUGGCCGCUCUCUCCCUUCUACACGGGCUGGCGGGGUUAAUCAACGAAUACCACCGACUGAAAUUCAUCUCCAGCAGCAACUCCAAACACUGGCACGCCCUCGUCACCAACUCCCGCCAACAAGAGCUAGACCAAGCCCUUCAACACUUCCGCAUGGUCUGCUCCGAACUGCGCCACCAAUGCCGACCUGAGAUAAUCCUCGUCUGCGAAGUCGUCUCCAUGCUCCUCCACAUGUCCCUCGAAGAACUUCAACUUUUCGCUGGAAAGGAAGACAAACAAGAAGCUCGACGAGUCUACCACUCCGCCCUGGAAUGGAUCACAAGCUCCGACUCCCGCCGCGCCAUCUGGCACGCUGGGCAAAUCGUCCGCGCCGCACGACAAAUGGCGCCCGGCUCGCUAACCGGCUUCCUUGCAAUCGGCGUCUACUACGCAAGUCUCGCAUUCUGGUCCUACGGCGUCGUCUCCAAAGCCAAAAACGUUCGACUGAUCGGAAGACCCUCGUCGCCAGUCUCUGCACUAGGACCCACCGUCUUUCUGGACGCUGAGGAAGUGCCUGACGUGUCCAAGUUUGUGACCCUGGGUUGCGGUCUUCCAGCUUUGCAGAGCCAUAGUGGCCCGAUUUACCUCGCUGAUUCUGGGAUGACGAUGCGGUUGGUGCAGACGCUGCUGCGACCAGACUCGUCGGAGCGAACGCCCCCACUUGUGCAGAGUCUCGCGCAGUUGAUGGGGGAUUUGGCGCAGGUGGCGCCACGCCGGGAGUAUAAGGACUUGCCUUAUUGCGAGAGCCGCUUUACCCCUGCGCCGCUCGCCCUCGUCACCUGGGAGGUUCCCCGGAGCGCAAUUUCCCUACAACUCACCAACUACUUUGUUCUUUUGCCCGAGGUCAUCUCCCUUGACCCAUCGCUCCUGCCAUCGUUGCAGUGA